UUGGCUUUCUUACAAACAGAAGGAUUGCUCUGAUGAUAGUCAGAAAGAAAGAAAACUGAAACUGGGAGGAAAAAACUCUGAAAGACCUCCAGAAAACGCGUUGAUUCAACUUGAACAGACUACAGAAAGCCUGGCUGCUUGGAAGGAGCUCAGAAACAGAUCCAGAACUUUGAACGGUUCUGGCUCUGUGCUCGGUCAUGGAUUCAGUGUCAGAGUGAGACCUCUGUCUUUCCUGACUGUCCUCGCAGCUCUCCUCCCUGUUAGACGCUUGUAGCCUGCUAGCUGGCAGCACUCCGGGAACAUGGCCAUGUCGCAGGCUCUGUCUGAGGAGGAGUUCCACCGGAUGCAGGCUCAACUGUUGGAGCUGCGGACUCAGAACUACCAGCUGUCUGAUGAUCUCAGGAAGAACUCUGCAGAGCUGAACGCCGUCCGUCAGAAGCACGGAGUUCUGGAGAGAGAUUUCAUCAAAGCUCAGAAGGCUUUAAAUAAAAGCAAAAAAGCUCAGGAAGUAGAUGCUCUGCUGAGUGAGAAUGAGAUGCUGCAGGGGAAGCUGCACAGUCAGGAGGAGGACUUCAGGCUGCAGAACACCACCCUAAUGACCGAACUCUCCAAGCUGUGCACGCAGAUUGAGCAGCUGGAACAGGAGAACCAGCGUCUAAAAGAAGGUGGAGGAGCCUCGGUUCUCAACCCAGCUCCUAACUCCACCUCUGGCCCUCUAGAUGGAGAGCUGCUUCGCCUCCAGGCUGAGAACUUCGCCCUGCAGAAGAAACUGAAAGCUCUUCAGGAGCGCUUUGACAGGGAGCUGGAGAGACAGACCAUUGCCCAUGGCAACCAGAGCGCCACCACCGGGACAGAUGAGUCAGCUGACACCAAUGGACUCUCUGAUGUCGCAGCAGGCAUGGAGGAGGCAGCACCACUAGAAGGAAUCAAUCAGAGACAGGGACAGACAGAGACUUGGCUCCAGCAAACAGAGAAGCAGCUUCACGCGCCCCCUUUAGGCUGCAUAGAGAAGAUUGUAGCUAAGCAGGCAGCUGUAGACUGGUCGGCUGCUCUCUGUCCAAUAACUCACUGCUUUGGACCAGAGCUGGAGAUGGCCCUGAACACGGAGCAGGAAGAGAAGAGGCUGCUGAGGGAGCAGGUCCACACACUGGAGGCAUCCAAACAGGCUGACGUCUCCAGACUGCAGGAGGAGAUCGCGAAACUGUCGGACAAGUUAAAGAAAAAACAGGAGAGUUUUCAGCGUCUGCAGACUGAGAAGGAGGCUCUGUACAACGACAGCAGGACAAAGAUUGAUGAGAUCAACCAGAGGAAAGAAGAAGAACUGAAGGCUGUGAACAUCCGCCUGCACAAGCUGCAGUCAGACCUGACAGCAGCCAAUCAGGUGGCAGCAGAGCUGAGAGAGCAGCUGCAGAGCAAAGACAAGGAGCACGAACUGGCUCGGCACACCUUGAAGGACCAGGCGGCCUGUCAGGAGCAGGUGGACAGCAUCCUGCGGGAGAACGAUGCUCUGAGGACAAACCUGGCUGCUCUGGAACAGAUCCAGACUGCCAAGACGCAGGAGAUGAACCUGCUGAGGGACCAGCAGGAGGCGCUGAUGGCUGACCUGCAGAUGAGACGGUCUGAACAGGAGAGUCUGCUAGCCCAGAGAGACGACCUGAACUCUCAGCUGCAGGAGUCAAGUUUUGCCAACAGGAAACUAUUGGAGCAGCUGACAGAAGAAAGUCAGGAGAAGGAGCGGCUGCUACAGGAGCUGGACGACGCCAAGAAGACAGCAGAGAAGAGGAAGGCCAUGCUGGAUGAGAUGGCCACACAGCUGAACCAGGUGAAGUCUGACCACAAGGAGGUGCUGUCAGAUCUUAAACUGCAGCACGAGAAGGAGGUUCUCAGUGUGAGAGCUCGUUAUGAGAAGGAGUUGCGAGUACUCCACGAGGAAAAGAAUCGCUCUGAGGAGGAGAUCAGACAGCAGCUCAGGGAGGAGAAGGGCCGAACAAAGGAGCUGGAGGGUUUGCAGCAGCAGGUGGAGGAGCUGCAGGCUCAGGUUCAGGCCAUGGAGGGUACCAAAGGAUGGUUUGAGAGACGACUUAAGGAAACUGAGGAAAACCUGGAGAAGAAUGCUCUGCAGCAUCAGGAGGACAUUCAGAGGCUUCAGGAAGAACACACACAUCAGCUGGAGGAGAAACAAGCAGAGGUGGAGGGAUGGAAGCAGCAGCUGGAAGAGGUGGGAAAAGAGAGGGAUGAACACAGUGAAACCAUCAGAAAACUCAAACAGGAGAUAAAGGACACUGUGGAUGGUCAGAGGAUUCUGGAAAAGAAGGGCAGCUCAGCGCUGAAGGAUCUGAAGCGGCAGCUGCAGUUGGAGAGGAAACGAGCAGACAAGCUGCAGGAGAGACUGCAGGAGAUCCUGACCAACAGUAAAACCAGGACAGGUCUGGAGGAGCUGGUUCUCUCUGAGAUCAACAGUCCCAGUCGGACCCAGCAGACCGGAGACUCGUCCUCCAUCUCCUCGUUCUCCUAUAAGGAUAUGAUGAAGGAGGCUCAGCCGGCCAAUCAGAACAGGUCCGGAGGAGGCAGUCCUCAGUCCCAGCGUCCUGCUGAGCUCUCUGAUGAUGAGGUUGGGGAGCUGUUCCAUCGGCUUGCUGAGGUCCAACAGGAGAAGUGGAUGCUGGAGGAGAAGGUAAAACAUCUGGAGGUGAGCUGCUCGUCCAUGGCUGAAGACAUCUGCAGGAAGAGCGCCAUCAUCGAGACCUACGUGAUGGACAGUCGCAGAGACGUGUCGGGCAGCGCGGUUGGAGGUCACGCAGGCCCUCAGGGAGACAGAGGAGGUCUGGGCUCGGUCCUCAGGGAUCUGGUGAAACCUGGAGACGAGAACCUGAGAGAGAUGAACAAGAAACUGCAGAACAUGUUGGAGGAGCAACUGACCAAGAACAUGCACCUGCAGAAGGACCUGGAGCUUCUGUCCCAGGAAUUAGUCCGGCUCAGUAAGGAGAGCAGUCCAGGUGGCAGCAGUGCAGUUGGUUCUGGAUGAGACUAUAACCCGGAUCUAUCCUGCUCGCUUCUUUCCUUCUCACUUGCUGCAUUCACAUCCUGCUGUGGGCUCUGUCUACUGCCUGAUGCCUGUACAAGCUCCUGGGUGGGACUAGAUGCUGGAUUGUUUUCCAUCUGUCUGUUCAUGAAGCAGAGGAACCAGAGGGUUACAGAGAUGGAGAAGACUUGGACGAGCCAACAGGAGCACUGACGACCUAAACAGCUGCUCUCAUUUCAUUUGUCUCUGUUGAAUGUACUGUAAUUAGACUGCACCAUUCCUAUCUCUGGGUCCGGCUAUGUCCUGGAAAACUCACAUUACAACUGACUGUCAAUCUUAGAGCAUGCUUCAAACUGACCUCAUUUGUUCCUGUGUGCAUUAACUCUGGGACCUGACUAUGUACUGGAAUCAUAUCUGAAACAGUCACCAUGACAACUGAGCAGAGAUGGAUUGGAUUUACAGUUUUAACGCAUUUAUUGAUCGAUCAGCUUUGGUUGCCAUGGUUACUGACACGUUCCUCCCACGUUCACCUGAAAACACGACGCUCCUCACUACAACAUGUUUCAACGAUGGAACCCAAAAUGUCCAACCUCAGUACAGAUCGAAGCACCACAGAAGCCCAGGAAGACAAACCAGGCUAGUUUCUGCCACUAGAUGGCGCUAGAACCUUCUGUUUACCAGUUAACCACCAGCAGCAGAUGGUUCAACUGGUUCCAUCCAAAUAUCUGCUCCAGUCUAGGUUUAGUUUCAUCACCGAGAGGCAGAAACGUUCUGAAUCACUCUGUCCUCUGGGUUUAUAAAGCUACACAUUUGGUUCUAAAAGAUUUUGCCUGGAUUCUGUCUGUAACCACAAACAGAACCACACAGUCCACUGAUGCAUCGUCCGUCCUGGGUGUGUCACAAAGAAGAUCUGUUUUAUUUGAUGUCUUGGUUCUGAAACUGUAUCAGGAACCGAAACUGAGCAGACCGGAUUCUGCAGAACAGCUGAGGUGUUGAACAGGUCCACUGUAAAUAGUGAUCCAUUCAGCAGGUUCAGGGUAGGUUUCUGAGCACCAGAUCAGGUUUUGGUUUGUGUUAAACGUGGUCACACUGGGUCAGUCUCCAGCGUUCCAGACAUUUAUAAAUGUCUGGAAAAGAUUGAAUGGAUCCAUUUUAAGUUUGUAGGUUCUAUGGGUCCUGAACUGUAGAACCUAGAACUAUGUGUGAAGUCCACAGAACCAUCACCCUCCUGUAGAUGUUGGUGUAAAACAAGAGGUUCCACUGAAUCUUUUAGGCGCAAACAGAUGGUCUUCUAAGUUGGAUCUGUUGACCCCUACUAAAGCAGAACCCAUUGAAAUGGAUCAGUGAGUCCUUGUUCUGCUGACGUUUGUUCUCUAGCAUGCUGUGGUCCAGCUGUCUGACAUGUUCUGGAACUCCUCUGAUGCAGAACUAGAACCGCCUCAAUCAGUUCAGACAAGUUAUGAAUGAAAUUCAGAACAGAACACGAUGUUUCCAUUCUUCCUGGAUCAGCUGCUUGAAUGCUGGGAUCAUUGGUUUUAACUGGAUUCAGAACUGCUGCUGAUACUGGUUUUGGUUGGAUUCCUCAGACAGCUCGGCUUUUUUCUGGGCUCUGUCUACAUACGAGAUUUACCUGGAAAUGUUCAGCUUCUGUCCGGCUCAGUCUACUUUCAGCAGAACUUCCAUUUUAACCACAUUUUCACAGCAGGUUUUUAACUUUAGGGUUCUGACUACAUCCUGGGAUUCACUCUGCUCCUGGCCGGCUCUGGCUACAUCCUGGACUCUGUGUUUUGGACUGGCAUCGUCCCGGCCCACUCAGGAAGAAACUCUCCUGUUUUUUGUACAGCUUCAGGAACUUUGAACUUGUGAUAUUUUCUGAAACAUCUGAACUCUGAAGAGGUUUGUGUGACGUUUGGCUGAACUGGGAUCAGAUCUAUGUUUGUGUGUAACAUCUGUAAAUAGUUGCAGUGAUAUGAACAAUGAACUGGUCUAUUUAUGUCUAAUCGUCAUGACGCUAAUUAUUGUAUCUAUGGAGAGAUAUAAAAUACUGUCUGCAAACAACA